ACUCUCUACCGUCUAGACUCUCCGUUCACACACCGUCUCAGAUCGAAUCGCUCUACGUAUCAUAUCUGUCUUAUAGGUUGUCACAAUUGCUGCUCUACUAGGCCUCAUUCAGCGAGGCCUCGCGCGCAGGAUCGUCAUGCCUGCAGUCACACUCGAAAACCAGAAUCGAAAGUUGGGAGGGUACGAGUUCUUUGAAAAGGCCCUAGGGAGCCCAAAGUACAUCGUUGCGCCUAUGGUAGACCAGAGCGAGCUGGCAUGGAGGAAGCUGUCUAGGAAAUAUGGUGCACAGUUGGUGUACACGCCUAUGAUUAAUGCGAAGAUGUACGCCGAAGGUUCUCGGAAGCCCUACCGAGAGCAGAACUUCGACACUGUGCAUGGCGAGGAGGGCGGUCCUGAAGACAGACCCUUGAUUGUCCAAUUUUGUGCGAACAAUCCCUCUCAGCUUUUGACCUCAGCGAAGCUGCUCGAACCCUACUGCGACGCCGUGGACAUCAACCUUGGUUGCCCUCAAGACAUUGCGCGGAGAGGACACUAUGGGUCAUUUCUACAGGACGAAUGGGAUCUCGUUCACAAACUGAUUCAUACUUUGCAUGAGAACCUAUCUAUACCUGUCACUGCGAAGUUUCGCGUCUUCCCUACAGUCGAAAAGACAGUUGAGUACGCGAAGAUGCUCGAGAGCGCCGGGGCGCAAAUGCUUACUUGCCAUGGACGUAUUCGCGAGCAGCGCGGUCAACGUAGCGGGCUAGCAGACUGGGAGAAGAUUCGCGCCGUGAAGGAAGCGGUCUCAGUACCCGUUGUUGCGAAUGGAAACAUCCUCUUCCACGGCGACAUUGAGAAGUGCCUCUCUGCGACCGGCGCAGACGCUGUCAUGUCGGCCGAGGGCAACCUCUACAACCCAGCCAUCUUCCAGCCAGACCCUUCUGCAAUUGAACCUGUCGCUUCCACAUCUUCUGCGUCCCAGUACCUUACCGGCCAGCACCCACGGAACACGCAUCUAGCGCUCGAGUACCUGGCUAUCGUGAAGUCUCAGAAGACGCUGACGACGCCGAGCGCGGUGAAGGGCCACUUGUUCAAGCUCCUCCGUCCAGCAUUGUCCAAGUACACGGACAUUCGCGAAAGGCUUGGUCGGGUACGGGUAGAACGUGCUGACAGGGAUAAGGAAGGGGGGACAGCCUGGGACAAGUAUGAGGAGAUCAUUGAAGAGCUCGACGAACGACUAGAGCGCGAUAUUGAAGCUGCCUCGGAUAGGACGCUCGAGGAGCUGUCGCCGAUCGACCCCGCGACAGGCUUCCCGGUUCUGCCCCACUGGCUCGCGCAGCCCUACAUCCGCCCGUUGCCCGCCGAGCCAGAGGCUGCGAAGCCUCCAGCGCAGGGCAAGGAGAGUGGCGUAGAGGUAGUAGGUCCGUGACCUUGAUCCUUUACGCAUCACGUAGUAUCCUCAUCGACGGCUCAUCAGAAUGUUCUGCCGAAGACUCUGCAUCCCGCGGCGCAAAGAGGGCCGUCUCGGAGGAACGGCCUGACGUCGCGCGCUCCGAUGGGGCGGAAACUGCGGGGGAGUCGAAGAGGGCUAAGUUAUCGCGAACGGAGGACACGACUUCUCCACGGACGAAUAUCAGCAGUACUGUCUCUUCUGGUACGGUAGAUAGCUGACCCACGCUUCCCCUCGACGUUCUUAUGCUCCAUUUUUUAGCGGUAGACUACACUACAUAUACAAUUUGGCAUGACCUUUGGUCACUCCUACUUAUCC